AUGUCUACGAAAUUUGCUCUUGUCACCGGGUGCGGUCAGGGUGGCAUUGGCGAGGCCCUCGUCACUGAGUACACUCGUCGCGGCAUUUAUGCCAUUGCGACUGUGCUUCCUGGGGAGUCAAGCGACCAUCUCACGCGAGCCGGUAUUACUUUCUUUCCUUUGGACGUCACCAAGGAGAAAUCUGUCGUGGAGCUAAAAGCUCGUGUGCAGAAGCUUACGGAUGGGCGUCUAGAUGUCCUCGUCAAUUGCGCUGGCAUCGCGUACACCAUGACAGCCAUUGACACAGAUGUCACUGCCGUACAGCGCAUGUUCGACAUCAAUGUCUUCGGCCCUAUGCGAAUGGUGCAUCACUUCCACGAUAUGAUUAUCAAAGCCACCGGGGCAAUUGUAAACAUUGGCUCAAUCGGAGGAGUUGUUCCGUACUUAUAUGGAUCAUCGUAUAAUGCAACCAAGGCAGCGCUUCAACACUGGUCGAACACUCUGCGUGUUGAGAUGGCCCCAUUUGAUGUCAGGGUUAUUACAGUAAUAUCGGGAGAGGUCGCUACCAACAUUCUGAAGAACGAUGCGCAUAGACGGCUACCAGAAGGAUCGUACUACACUCCUCUUGCGGAGCAUUUCCAGCAGCACGUCACAAGAACCCCGCCCGGAACCACUGAUAGAUUCCAGUAUGCCGCGAAAGUUGUCGCAGAGAGCUUAAACUCAUCCCCGUCGGCGUGGUUUUGGUACGGUAGCCAGACCACUCUCAUUCGUGUUCUCGAUAUGUUUUGCUGGCGCACAAUUUGGGACUCCAUAUUUUGGAGGAUGUUUGAUUUGGGGAAGCUGAAAGAGGCUCAUUCCGCAAAGGUCAAGAAACAGGUGUAA